CGCCGUAACUGUUGAUGUUUGGAUUAGAUUUGGGCAAAUAGGUCAUCAAGCGUGAUGUUUGACACGCUGUUCAGUCUCGGCUGCUGUCUUCUAGUCUUUAGGUGCUCAACAUCCACAUUCUGAUACAUAAUAUGGAAUUAUCUUGAGAAGGCUCUCUAAAUUCAUAAGCUUGUAUAUGACACGACUUUUACUGCAUAUCAGCGCAAAUCUGGUUCCCCCUGUCCCUCCACCUGUGUCACAUAUCCAUCACCUCAGCACUGUUUUAACUGCCACAGAAGUGAAUUGUGAUCACAGUUUAAACAAACACAGAUGCCUCGAUGGAGGACUUGUACAAGCAAACACUUUCGUUGGUCAAGCCCAGUAGCUCAAGGGCUGCUUUUGUGUGUUUUAACCUUUGGAGUGAUACUGCCUAUAUGCUGUCAUCGUCUACUUUACUCAUAUUAUUUUUUAAAGACUGUUUAUCUUGAUUCACUAAGUGAUGCAGCACUACAAGAAAGCUACGACAGAGGCCAGGAGGCCCUGCGUUUCUGGGAAGCAGCAGCCUCUACGAAAAGCCUGAAGGACCCGUUGGAAACAAUUGCCAAGAAACCGGAUCUCCUGGUCACUGUAGUGACAGCCAGGAGAGCAGAGGGGAGGGACUAUCACUACCUGUUACAGGUGGCACAACAGCUCAAAUCGCUCCUCAAAGCGUGUGGCGAUAAACCAUGUGCUGAGGUCAUGCUCUGUGACGUCGAAAGCGGUCCCACUUUAAAUGUGGAUGCUUUGCUUCUGGAGAAACAGUUUUUGGUUGUUAGACGUUCUCUUGAUGAAAGGUGGCAGAGCCGAGACGUGGCCAACAUCUUUGAGAAGGAGAAAAGAGAUUAUGUUUUCUGCCUGCGCAAAGGAUGGGACCUGAUGAGGCCGAAAAACGUUGUUGUCCUGGAGGAUGACGCACUUCCUUUGACUGGUUUUUUCUCAUCCGUUAAAAACAUACUCUCACGGAGAUUUGCACUUAAUACUUUAUACAUUAAGCUCUACCAUCCAGAACGUCUGCAGAGAUACUGGAAUCCAGAACCUUAUCGUAUUCUAGAAUGGAUGGGUCUCGGCCUGUUUGGGGCUAUGAUGCUCCUCCUUUUGUUAUCUCACUGUACACCUCUUUCUUUUACCUUCUCACCUCCUCAUUUUCUCUUUCUGGCUCUCUAUGUAAUGGCCGUGGCUGAGCUGGCAGGGAGGCACUAUCUCCUAGAAAUCAGACGACUUUCGCCUCAGCUGUACGCUGUGUGUCCUGCCACUGAAUGCUGCACCCCUGCUAUGCUCUAUCCAGGUAACGCCUCCAUUCGAGCCGCUGAAUACCUGGACCAGGCCGUCUGCACUCAGGGAAAUGCAAAAGACAUGGUGCUGUACAAGAUAGCCAGAUCGAGGCCAGGUGAGAAGGCACACAGCGUUGAACCCAAUCUCAUCAAGCAUAUCGGUGCUUACUCCUCCAUCAGGAUGAACCCCGUUCCACCGAGAUUAAUUUGACUUCAGAUUGUUCUCAUAGAACAACUCAUAAAAGUUAAAUAUGAAACACAUUUCAGACACUGUUUGAACACGUACUCAUGUAGGAGUUCAACGUAACACUUAGAUUAGGGCCCAAAAAGUGUCUCUACUCACAUACACUAAUUCAUGGAAAGGAAAGAAAUUAAUUUAGAUAUAAAUAACAAAAAUAUAACCUAGAUAAGUUUUAUAUAUGUGACCCCUUGUGCUGCAGUUCCAGACACAGAUGUUUUAAGAAUGUGGUGUAUUUUUAAACACAUUUCUAUCUUGACUAAAGAAUGGGAUGUUUAAAUUUCGCAGUCUUUACAAUUUUAUAUAUUUGAGAUUUAUAUAUUAUUAUUGUUGUAGUUGUUGUUGUUAUUUGCAUCUGCUGGAAAUAUAAUCAUCUUUUAUUAGUGAAUUUCCUGGUUUAUAUUAUAUACCACAAUAAAAUAAUUUUACAUUUCACAUUUUAAAUUGUUUCCUGUUAACUUUGACAUGUUGACACCUACAGUAGAAUGCUGCUUGUCUUUUAAAGCAAUGUUAAAGCAAUGUUGUUAUAAACAACGCUCAAAAC